AUGGUGGUUGACGCCCUUGCGGCCAUUCUUGACAAGGCCAAAUUGGCCGGUCACAUUCACGACGUGGUCCCACACCUAGUAGGAGGGGGUGGGGUCUCCCUCCUCCAAUAUGCCGACGACACCAUAAUAAUGGUUGAGGGCUCCGCGUCCGAUAUUGCCAACCUGAAGUUUCUCCUCCUAUGCUUCCAACAGAUGUCCGGUCUUACCAUCAACUUCGAUAAGAGCGAAGUGAUGGUUCUGGGAUUCCCCCCGAUGGAGGCCCAGGGCAUUGCGGACCGGCUUAACUGCCGCCUGGGUUCUUUCCCCAUGACUUAUCUGGGGAUCCCCAUUAGUGACUCGCGCCUCACCGUAGUGGACCUCUGCCCUCCCGUGACCCGAAUGCAACACCGGGUCGAGCCCUGGAAGGGCCGAUGGCUCUCGAAGGCGGCGAGGGUAAUCCUCAUCAACUCCUCGCUGACUAGCCUCCUCUGGUUCCUCAUGAGCUUCUAUUGUCUCCGUGAGACUCUUCACCAGGAGGUGGCCAAAUAUCUGUCCAGGUUCUUCUGGGCUGGCGAGGGGGACAAGCAAAAAUACCAUAUGGAGGUUGACGCGUGGGACGCCCUUCUACAGGACAUCGCUCUCUUCCCGAUGGAGGUAGAGGGCGCCGCUAACUCCAUGACGUGGCGCUUGGAGCCCUCGGGAUGCUUCUCCACGAAGUCUCUGUACGCUGCCAUCGCCCUCUCGCUGGCCCCUGAGCUCUUUAGCCUGAUCUGGGACAUUCGCCUCCCCCUCAAGAUCCGGAUAUUCCUCUGGCAGUGGAUCCGGGGACGUCUCCCCUCUGGGGUUGAAGUCCGCAAGCGCAAUGGCCCUGGGGACAGGAUGUGUCCCCUGUGUGCCAUGGUUGAGGAUUCGAACCACAUUUUCUUCAACUGCCCCACGGCCCAGUUCCUGUGGUCAUGCUUCCGUGAAACGGUCGGCGGAAAAUGGUGCAAUACCAACUUCCCCGACUUACUCACGGAGAUCCAUGCCUCCUCCCCGCGUUACGGCCAUAUUAGAUGGUUGUGCAUUGGGAUCCUCGCGUGGACGCUUUGGAAUAUUCGCAACAAGCUUGUUAUUCAGAAAGUGCCUUUGCGACGUGCGACUGACGCGAUCUUCAAAAUGUGUGUCUAUUUGCAGCUCUGGCGGCCGCUUAGCCGCCCCUAG